AUGGCCCACAACGGAAACCAGUUCACCCAGGGACAGGAGCCCACGGUUGCAGCUCCUACGCCCUCACCAGCUCUCGACGAUGAGAUGCUCGAAGGAAGUGGUUCGGACUCCGACUCUUCGGACGACGAGAAGAACGACGCGAACCAGGCCGAGGUACGAGAUCUUAAGCGAAGGCUACGCAUGCAAGAAAAGCAGCAUAGCGACCAAGCCAAGCAGAUGGCGGCCAUGCAGGAAAUGAUGGCCCAGAUGGUAAGCCAGCUUAUGGCUACGCCUAACGAAAAACCACCUCUGAAACCUAAGAUGGCAGUACCCGAGAAAUACGAAGGAGGACGAAACGAACUAAGGACGUUCCUCACCAACAUCGACUUAAUCGACUGGGACGAUGCAGCACUUCGAAUGGUAUUCGAAGCCGGACUCAAGGACAAUGUCAAAGACGGUCUUGUGCACCACGACAAACCCGACACACUUCAUAAGCUAGUUGAGCUAGCCACCCCCAACAUGAAGAAACAACGAAACCGUACAGACAGGGAUGGUGACACCGUUAUGACCGGUAAAGUCCAAGACACGAACAAGAAGACCCGAGGAACGAACCAGAACGGACACUUCCGCAGAGACUGCCCGAAGAACGAAAUCAGCAGGCAGGCAGUAGUCAAGGUCAAGAUGAUCAGACUAUCUACGCCAUAUCCCAGACACGAUCUCACGUCGGAGGACAAUCUUAGCGAUGUAGACCUCUAUGACGAGGCGCGGAGAGCCACCAGCCUAGAAUACGUAGUCAUCCCCAAGCUGGCCCAACCAAGCAUCGAAUAG